AUGGAUAAGUUUAAGACUGUUCUGAACAUUGCCAACAAGAAGCCCAACCUCGGUUUCGGGUUGGUGGCCCUGAUGACAGCUGGGGGGGAGCAGAUCUUCUCCUCUGUGGUGUUCAAGUGUCCCUGCAGUGAACUCAACUUUCUGUACGGCUUAGUGUUCUUGCUGGUUCCCGCGCUGGCUCUGCUGUUGCUGGGUUACAUCGUGAGUAAGAGGACGUGGAAGCUGUUGACGGGUCUGUGCCAGCACAGGGCCAAGCUGUUCCGCUGGAAGAGGUUGGCAGCCUGCGGGAUGGUACUCUUCCAGAUAGGCACCACGGCGAUGGUGGCCCCCUCCUGCUGGAUCGCUGUGGCUCUGCUUAACGGGAACUACUAUGAGUGUCUCAUGUCAGGAACUAAUAGCACUUACAAAGAGCAUCUAUGUGGGGGAAGGAAGUUUCAGGCCCAUUGUCAAGAAGAGCUGCACACGUUCCCCUGCGGGAAAGGAGGCAGUGUCCCGCCGGCUGUCAGAGACAACGUGCUGCUCACUCUACGAGCCCACUCUCAGAUUCUGGGAUGGAUGCUCAUCAGUUUCAUCAUGUUGUCCAACCUGCUGCUGACCUGUGUGGCUCGGUGCACCUCCCCCAUCAGCUACAAUCAACUCAAGUUUUGGAAGGCAUAUGCUGAGGAGGAGAGCAACCUGAUGGAUUCAUACGCUGCUAAACAUGCCAAGGAGCUUGCAGAGAGAAACCUAAAGAGCUUCUUCAAACAGACACCACCUGAAGACAUAAUCACCCCCUCCAACAGGGACUGGGAAAAGAUUUCCCACCUCUACAAGUUUAGCACCAGAGACCACUACUACAGCACGUUGCACAGGUAUGUGGAGAACUACAAGGAGACUGAUGACACGAUGAUGAGAAUGGCUUCAGUCAAAUCCAGCGAGCCUGCUGUUGACAAUCCUGCUGUUCUUAGUUUUGUGGAUGAUGGCAAGAUGAUGCUUUGA